AGUUGAAUAUACCAAUGGGACCCUGGAAGAGUCUAAGCGACAGCCAAAAUAACCAUUCAAUGUCAGCUAGGUGUAAGGCGGGACUUUAACUACGGAAGCUGCCCCGGGACAUGAGGAAAGGAACAAGGGAAAGACCCGGUGAAGGGGCAGAACAGGCAGGUUCCCUCGACCCAGGACCCCCUGUUCCCAGGCUAUGGCCCCCAGUGCCCUGUAGACCUGGCGGGCCCCCCGUGCUUGCGACCCCUAUUUGGGGGUCUGGGUGGCUACUGGAGGGCCUUGCCGAGGGGCAGAGAAGGCAGGACCAUGAUAUCUAGGGCCUCUGAACUUUCCCCGGGGCGCAGCGUGACGGCUGGCAUCAUCAUUGUCGGAGAUGAGAUCCUUAAGAGAUGGGGUUUUACCAUAUUGUGCCGGUUGGUCUCGAACUUCUGAGCUCAAGCAAGCCACCCCCCACCGCCUCCCAAAGGGCUGGAAUUACAGGCAUGAACCACCAUGCCCGGCCAUCAGAACACAGACCCUUAACCACUAAACCCUUUGUAGACAAUUAGAGGGAGAUGGGGCUGGAAAAGAAGAUAGGGUAUACGCCACAGACAGCCCCAAAUACUCUGCAAAGGAAUUUGAACUUUCUUCUGUAUACAGUUGGAAACAACAAAUGGCUUUUGAGUCCAAGAGUGAUGCAAUCACAGUGACGCAUUAAAAAGGUUACUCAGGAGACAGAGCAGAGCACUGUGACUGGAGGCUGGGAGCCUGGCCAGGAAGCUGUCGCCAUUGUCCAGGUGAAAGGUGCUAAGGACCUGCUUGGUGGCAGUGGGGACAGAAAGAAGAAAGCAGGCCAGGCGUGGUGGCUCACACCUAUAAUUCCAGCACUUUGGGAGGCUGAGGCAGGAGGAUCACUUGAGACCAGGAAUUCAACACCAGCCUGGGCAACGUGGCGAGACCCCAUUUCUACAAAAAAAAUUUAAAAUGAGCUGAGUGUGGUGGCACGCACCUGUAGUCCCAGCUACUCGGAAGGCUGAGGUAGCCCUUGAACCCAGGAGGUUGAGGCUGCAGUGAGCUGUGAUUGAGCCACUAUACUCCAGCCUGGGUGACAGAGACCCAGCUUUAAAAACAAACAAAUGGAUUUUCCCACUCUUGUGUCCAGUCCAGGCCCCUCAGCAGCCUGAGGUGGUGUCCUUCAAGAAGCAGAGCACUGCAUCAUCAGGUGGAUGCAGCCAUCAUCUUCAACCCCUCCCCUUCAUCCCUACAGUACUGAUGGCCCCAUCCUCCCCUUCAACCCCCAGGGACACACUCAGGACACCAACACCUUCUUUCUGUGCCGGACACUGCGCUCCCUAGGGGUCCAGGUUUGCCGAGUCUCAGUUGUACCUGAUGAGGUAGCCACCAUUGCAGCUGAAGUCACCUCUUUCUCCAACCGCUUCACCCAUGUCCUCACAGCAGGGGGCAUCGGCCCCACUCAUGAUGAUGUGACCUUUGAGGCAGUGGCACAGGCCUUUGGGGAUGAGCUGAAGCCACACCCUGAGUUGGAAGCAGCCACCAAAGCCCUAGGAGGGGAAGGCUGGGAGAAGCUGUCAUUGGUGCCCUCCUCUGCCCGCCUGCAUUACAGCACAGAUCCUCGCACUGGUCAUCCCUUCAGAUUCCCUCUGGUCUCCGUCCGAAACGUCUACCUCUUCCCAGGCAUUCCAGAGCUGCUGCGGCGGGUGCUGGAGGGGAUGAAGGGACUGUUCCAAAACCCAGCUGUUCAGUUCCACUCAAAGGAGCUAUAUGUGGCUGCUGAUGAAGCCUCCAUCGCCCCAAUUCUGGCUGAGGCCCAGGCCCACUUUGGACGUAGGCUUGGCCUGGGUUCCUACCCUGACUGGGGCAGCAACUACUAUAAGGUGAAGCUGACUCUAGACUCAGAGGAAGAAGGACCCCUGGAGGAAUGCCUGGCCUACCUGACUGCCCGUUUGCCCCAGGGAUCGCUGGUCCCCUACGUGCCCAACGCUGUGGAGCAGGCCAGUGAGGUUGUAUACAAACUCGCUGAAUCAGGUAGGGACAUUAUGGAGGAGGGGCAAUAUGCCCAAAGCCAUUGGUGGCACCCCAGAUCUCAGUAAUGCGGGGGCUGUUGGGUGCUUCCUGCAAAUCCCAGAGAGGGCAGAAGAUAGCUUCUGUUAAUUCAUUAUUCUUCCAAUAAAUGUUGAUUGAGUACCUAC